GCUCUAAAUAACCACUGAUCAUCUACUACGUAGGUACCUUGUUCUCCCCCAUUUUCCCCCAUUUGGCAUUUGGCGGCGUGGAUUCCACCAUCGGCGCAAGUUGCUUUCGUGCUAAUGUAAGGUAAAGUUCGCGCCGGUCUUCUUUAUCCCACAAUUUAAGUUCGACCUUGGAACACGGAAAUAUCAAGAUUUACUGCCUUCCUCCUUUCUUUUUUUUCUUUUUAAACUUUGGUGCGAUUUAGGCCACUACUUCUUGUUUGAUUAAUAAUAUUGUUACUAUUUGUAUUAGGCACAUAACUUUCGUAUCUUAGUCGCGGGAGAGAGAGAGAGAAAAUCAACCUCUUCACUAUUAAACUCAAGUACCUAUAGUACUUGCUUAUCACUACCAACCAUUGUGUUUGCCCCAACCAAAGUCCGAGCUUUAUUACCUUACCACCACUACUACCACCACCACCUAAUUAUAAAACCGAGAAGAGAAUUAAAACAAUUCUCUACAUUCCUCUUUCAUAUUCAUUUUAUACAAUUAAUACGCGCCUUACGUAUUCAACUCAUAUUCAAUUACAAUGUAUGCGACUCGAGUUUUGCGACAAGCGGCUGCUCAUGCCGAAAGAACUCCUUUGAUCCGAUUCAUCGGCAAACGAUCUGUUCCUGAACAUGUAGACCAUACUCCUCAACCUCACCCAGCUUCUCCUAGCGGCGCACUUCCGUCUAACUUCGGAGGUAACGGAAAUUCUCACGCAUCCUUCUCUUCUUACCGCGAUCACGCUCAACAACACGGUCCUCUGCGCAAGACGAUCGGUGCUACCAACGGUGUCGGAUCUCGUUCUGCUUCCCAACUUGGUUCCGUCGAACCUCCUAAGGGUGUUUACUUCGACCGUAACCAACUUCCCGAGCGAUUUCGUCGUAUACCCCUCACUGCUGCCGAAAUCGAAGCUGUCGAAACAGGUGGCGCUGCAUUAUUCGGUUGAGCGCGUUAUUGCGCCAUCGGGUACGGAGUGUGAUUGUACCUGUGUCAUGAACGUGUGACGUAUAACGUGCCGCGGAUUCGAUAACGAUGUAGAACGACGAGAAUAGGCAGGUCGAAUGAUUUACUGCUGAUAAUGAUUUUGAGUUGAUUGGCGGUUGUUGAUGAGCUACUUGGACAAAGAUACGAGAGAGUCGGACAUAAGAAAGUCUAUCCGUCAAUUCCCCAUGGGCGAAAGAGGAGGUAAAACAAGUCGAUGAAUCAACUACAUCGACCCAAUCAAACACCUCGACAUGGUCCUAUACACUACAGAUCUAGUACAUAAUAUGGCUCAUCGUGGAGGUGAGAAGGCGGCUCUACUGCAAUUUAUUCCCUGCAUCGGAGCGUCAAAAGACCUUAUUUUUUGCUUGGUCACCAGAAAAGGUUCAGCAUGAGUUCGGCGCUUUUGGUUUGAUUAUUCGGACAAAGGAAUGAAGAGAAGCUUAUGAAGAGAGGUUACAAUUUACGAUAGAUCGGACGUCCCUUUGAUCGAAUAAGGGGAAGACUGUCUAGUUUUCUUCAACUCUGUAUGAUGUUAUUACUAGAUACCUACAUAUACAUACACAUAUCAAUAAAAUCGAUCCAUAAACUUGACUUUUU